UGCAUUAUUUCGCGGGACAAGAUAUUAGGUAGCGGGAAAGUUUUAUUUGAGAGAAAAAAUAGGGGAGCGGGAAAGGUGAAUUAUUUUUCCAGUUUUUUCUCAUCUAUUCCGUUUUCCCCAUAUCCUCUCAGUUUCGUGUUUGUCUCCAUCCAUGAUACCGUAUCUCAAUUUUGAAGUUUAUCUCUACUGGCUUGAAUUUGGUUUCUCUCACGCAAACAACCAGAAACGGUCCAAAAAAAAAAAAAGUUUUUUGAGAGAGGCAAAAAAAAAAAAAACGUGAGAUUUGAAGGAGGCAAAGAUGAGAGAUUAUUGAAGAUUGUGAUUUGAGGAGCAACAGAGGAGUUCAAUCUCUUUUACUGGGUUUUCUUUGAGGAAUUUCAAUCUCUCAUUCCGGUUGGCUUGAGAAAUUUCUCUGAUUUGCAGGCUAUCACUUCAUCAGGAAUAAAGAAAGAUCACAACAAGGUAGGCAAGGGAAGAUUAGAAGCUUGUCCUCAAAAGCAAGUAGUUAAGCAAGUGGACUAACACGAUCAAGUUUAGGUAUCUAUAUUUUGGAUGGCUCCACCAUCAGCAUCACAGCGACGUCAUCCACAGAUGGUAUCUUUACAACCAUCUACACCAUUACCACAGCUGUUGCAACCAUCUAGUGAAGUUUCAAUGCAAAUGCCGAAUGAGGCAUCCUUAUCUCAUCUAUUAGAUGACCCAUCCACAUUACCACCUUCACAAAAAUUUUACUCACAUGCUCGUCGUCCACGUCCCGUGACAUCAGAUUCUACACCUAUGCCCAAAAAGGGUCGUGGAACUCUUAAAGGAUUAAAGGUGGCUAAGAAAGCUAGUGAGACUAGUGAUGGGAAAUUGCCAAUUACUUUUUCAAGGAAGUUUGGUGGACCUAUCGACAUCAAUUAUCGCACUUUUGUUGAUUCAGUGGUUGUUCAAGUAAGACAACAUUUGCCUCUUAAUGUGAAGAACUGGAAGGAAAUACCAGAUGAGAAUAAAAACAUCUUGAAGGCUAAAGUUUUGAAUAAGUGGAGACUAGAUGAUAAUGACGAUACUCAAGCUAAAAUUUUCAAGAUUGCCAAAGAGAGGUAUAGGGGAUGGAGAGCUGAUUUAUCAGCAACAUAUAAGACAUACAAACAUGAUAGGGAGGCUGUCAUCCGAAAUAAGCCUCAGGAGCUCAACAUGGACGCUUGGUAUGAUGUGAUCUCAUAUUUCGAGUCAGAUGAUUUUAAGACAAUAAGUGAUAGAAAUGCUGAAAAUCGAAGCAAGCGAGGGAGCAUCCACUGUACUGGUAGCAAGUCAUUUGCACAAAUCAGCUUUGAAAAUCGUGAUCCAGAAACACAAAAGGAGCCUGACGAUCUUCAAAUGUGGGCAUUGGCCUACUGUCCAAAGGGCCAAUGGGCUCAUGAUACUCCAAAACAUGUAUAUGAGGAAGCAAAAGAAAAAAUUGCUGAAAUGGAAGUGAAUGAAGAUCGAACAUUAUCUAGUAGUGAGCGGGAUACAAUAUUCCAAUCAGUUGUCUCCAUGUCAGGCUCCAAGUCAAGCUCCAAGUCAAGAUAUGUCCUUGGUCGAGGAUACAUGGCAAAGCUUCCAACUUCUACAGAGCGUGUCCGCAAUGAACUUAAUAGUGAAGUUCAAUCUAUGAAGAGUCAAUUAGAUGCAGAACGCGCUGAGAGGGUAGCUGAACGUGCAGAAAUGGAAGCAAAAUUUGAAGCAGAACGCACUAAGAGGGCGGCUGAACAUGCAGAAAUGGAAGUACAAUUUCAAAGACUCCGACAGACUAUGCGUGAGGAAUUUCUGGCAAUACUAGCUAACCAAUCUCAGGGUGGAGGCCAAUGAAGUGGUUGUGAAGCAUGCAUGGAUAUCACUUUCUGAAGGGAACUUUUCUUACAUGUUGCAUAUAUAUUUGUGUAUAUUUACUUUUGAAAUUAUGUGUUUGAUCGUAAUUAACUAAACGAGUUAUGUGUAUAUUUGUGUUCUUGGACAUAUCAAUUUGAUGGAGUACUUUGACUUUUGCAUUUA